GUGCUCUGGAAUGCAGCCCCCUUCACUGCUGCUGCUGCUGCUGUGUCACUCAGUCGUCAAGACCAGAGUGCUUCGGUGUGGGGACUUCCCAGAACCCUGUGCCAACGGAGGCACCUGCCUGAGCCUAUCUCAGGGACAAGGGAGCUGCCAGUGUGCCCCUGGCUUCCUGGGUGAGACAUGCCAGUUUCCUGACCCCUGCCAGGAUGGCCAGCUCUGCCAGAAUGGGGGCAGCUGCCAAGCUCUGCUUCCCGCCCUCCCAGGCUCCCCCAGCCUUCCCUCUCCCUUGGCCCCCAGCUUCUCCUGCACCUGCCCCUCUGGCUUCACUGGCCAGAGGUGCCAGGCCCAACUCAAGGACCCCUGUUCUUCCUUCUGUUCCAAAAUGGGCCGCUGCCAUAUCCAGGCCUCAGGCCGCCCACGAUGUUCCUGUCUGCCUGGAUGGACAGGUGAGCAGUGCCAGCUUCGGGACUUCUGCUCAGCCAAUCCCUGCGUCAAUGGAGGGGUGUGUCUGGCCACAUACCCCCAGAUCCAGUGCCGCUGCCCACCUGGCUUCGAGGGUCAUGCCUGCGAACAUGAUAUCAAUGAGUGUUUCCUGGACCCAGGGCCCUGCCCCAAAGGCACUUCCUGCCAUAACACCUUGGGAUCUUUUUGGUGUCACUGCCCCACUGGGCAGGAGGGUCCACGCUGUGAGCUCCAGCCAGGACCCUGCCCCCCUACGGGCUGUCCCAAUGGGGGCACCUGUCAGCUGGUUCCAGGGAGAGACUCCACCCUCCACCUCUGCCUCUGCCCCCAAGGUUUCAGAGGCCCGAGCUGUGAGGUGAAUCCAGAUGACUGUGCUGGGCACCAGUGUCAGAACGGGGGCACUUGCCUGGAUGGGCUGAGCACCUACACGUGCCUCUGCCCAGAGGCCUGGACAGGCUGGGAUUGCUCCGAAGAUGUGGAUGAAUGUGAGGCUCAGGGUCCCCCUCGCUGCCAAAAUGGGGGUACCUGCCAGAACUCAGCUGGCAGCUUCCAUUGUGUGUGUGUGAGCGGCUGGGGAGGCACAGGCUGUGAAGAGAACCUAGACGACUGUGUUGCUGCCACCUGUGCCCCGGGAUCCACCUGCAUUGAUCGUGUGGGCUCCUUCUCCUGCCUUUGCCCACCUGGCCGCACAGGACUCCUGUGCCACAUGGAGGACAUGUGCCUGAGCCAACCAUGCCACGGGGAAGCCCAGUGCAGCACCAAUCCCCUGACAGGCUCUCCACUCUGCCUGUGUCAGCCUGGCUACUCGGGGCCCACCUGCCACCAGGACCUGGACGAGUGUCAGAUGGCCCAGCAAGGCCCCAGUCCCUGUGAACACGGUGGCUCUUGCCUCAACACCCCCGGCUCCUUUGACUGCCUCUGUCCCCCUGGCUACACGGGCUCCCGCUGCGAGGCUGAUCACAAUGAGUGCCUAUCCCAGCCCUGCCAUCUAGGCAGCACCUGCCUGGACCUGCUUGCCACCUUCCACUGCCUCUGCCCACCAGGCUUAGAAGGGCAGCUCUGUGAGGUGGAGACAGACGAGUGUGCCUCUGCUCCUUGCCUGAACCAGGCUGACUGCCAGGACCUCCUCAACGGCUUCCUGUGUGUCUGCCUGCCUGGAUUCACUGGCUCCCGGUGUGAGGAGGACAUCGAUGAGUGUGGAAGCUCUCCCUGUGCCAACGGUGGGCAGUGCCAGGACCAGCCUGGAUCAUUCCAUUGCGAGUGUCCUCCAGGCUUUGAAGACCCUCGCUGUCAGACCGAGGUGGAUGAGUGUCUGAGUGGCCCAUGCCCCACUGGAGCAAGCUGCCUGGAUCUCCCAGGAGCCUUCUUUUGCCUCUGCCCCUCUGGCUUCACAGGUCAUCUCUGUGAGGUUCCCCUGUGUGCCCCCAACCUGUGCCAGCCCAAGCAAAAAUGCCAAGAUCAGGAAGACAAGGCCCACUGCCUCUGCCCUGAUGGAAGCCCUGGCUGUGCCCCCGUUGAGGACAACUGCACCUGCCACCACGGACACUGCCAGAGAUCCUCAUGUGUGUGUGAUGUGGGAUGGACAGGAUCAGAAUGUGAAGCAGAGCUAGGGGGCUGCAUCUCCACGCCCUGUGCGCAUGGGGGCACCUGCCACCCCCAGCCCUCGGGCUACAACUGUACCUGCCCCACAGGCUACACAGGCCCCACCUGCAGCGAGGAGCUAACAGCUUGUCACUCAGGGCCCUGUCUCAACGGUGGCUCCUGUAGCCCCAGCCCUGGGGGCUAUUCCUGCACCUGCCCUCGGAGCCACACUGGGCCCCGCUGCCAGACAAGCACUGACCACUGUGCCUCUGCCCCGUGCCUCAAUGGGGGUACCUGUGUGAACAGGCCUGGCACCUCCUCCUGCCUCUGUGCUGCGGGCUUCCAAGGCCCACGCUGUGAGGGAAGGACCCGUCCUAGCUGUGCAGACAACCCCUGUAGGAACAGGGCAACCUGCCAAGAUGGCCCUCAGGGUCCCCACUGCCUCUGCCCCCCUGGCUACACAGGAGACAGCUGCCAGACUCUGGUGGACAUCUGUGCCCAGAAGCCCUGUCCACACAAUUCCCACUGCCUCCAGACUGGGCCCUCCUUCCAGUGCCUGUGCCUCCAGGGAUGGACCGGGCCUCUCUGCAACCUUCCGCUGUCCUCCUGCCAGAAGGCCGCUUUGAGCCAAGGCACAGAAGUUUCUUCCCUGUGCCAGAAUGGAGGUCUCUGCAUCGACAGUGGCUCCUCCUAUUUCUGCCACUGCCCCCCUGGAUUCCAAGGCAGCGUAUGUCAGGACAGGGUGAACCCAUGUGAGUCCAGGCCCUGCCAACAUGGGGCCACAUGCAUGGCCCAGCCCACUGGGUAUCUCUGCCAGUGUGCCCCAGGCUACAAUGGAGAGAACUGCUCAAAGGAAUCCAACGCUUGUCAAUCCCAGCCCUGUCACAACCAUGGGACCUGCACCCCCAAACCUGGAGGCUUCUACUGCACCUGCCCUCCAGGUUUUGUGGGGCUGCGCUGUGAAGGGGACGUAGAUGAGUGUCUGGACCAGCCCUGCCACCCCCCAGGCACUGCAGCCUGCCACUCUCUGGCCAAUGCCUUCUACUGCCAAUGUCUGCCUGGAUACACGGGCCAGUGGUGUGAAGUGGAGACAGACCCUUGCCAGAGCCAGCCCUGCUCCAACGGAGGGUCUUGUGAGACGACAGCAGGACCACCCCUGGGUUUCACCUGCCACUGCCUCCAGGGUUUUGAGGGCCCCACCUGCAACCACAAAGCCCCCUCCUGUGGCCACCACCACUGCCACCACGGUGGCCUGUGUCUGCCCUCCCCCAAGCCUGGCUUCCCACCCCGCUGUGCCUGCCUCAAUGGCUACGGGGGCCCUGACUGCCUGACCCCACCUGCUCCUCAUGGCUGUGGCCCUCCUUCUCCAUGCCUACACAAUGGCAGUUGCUCAGAGAUCCCUGGGCUGGGGUCCCCAGCCUUCCGAUGCUCCUGCCCUCCCAGCUCUCCAGGGCCCCGGUGUCAGAGGCCUGGAGCAAAGGGAUGUGAGGGCAGAGGUGGAGAUGGGGCCUGUGAUGCUGGCUGCAGCGGCCCUGGAGGAAAUUGGGAUGGGGGAGACUGCUCCCUGGGGGUCCCGGACCCCUGGAAGGGCUGCCCUUCCCACUCCCGGUGUUGGCUUCUCUUCCGGGAUGGGCAGUGCCACCCACAGUGUGACUCUGCAGAGUGUCUGUUUGAUGGCUACGACUGUGAGACUCCUCCAGCCUGCACGGAGACAGGAGAGCUUGGGAGGGCUGGACUGUGGGGUGACUGCAGGCCCAAAGAUGGAGAUUCGGAAUGGGGGCCCUCCCUGGCCCUGCUGGUGGUGCUGAGCCCCCCAGCCCUGGACCAGCAGCUGCUUGCCCUGGCCCGGGUGCUAUCCCUGACUCUGAGAGUGGGGCUCUGGGUAAGGAAGGACAGUGAUGGCAAGGAUAUGGUGUACCCCUAUCCUGGGACCCAGGCCGAAGAGGAGCUAGGAGGAACCCUGGAUCCCUCUCAUCAGGAGAGAGCAGCCCCUCAAACACAGCCUGGAGGCAAGGAGACAGACUCUCUCAGCACUGGGUUUGUGGUAGUGAUGGGUGUGGAUUUGUCCCGCUGUGGCCCUGACCACCCUGCAUCCCGCUGUCCCUGGGACCCUGGGCUCCUGCUCCGCUUCCUUGCUGCAAUGGCUGCCGUGGGGGCCCUGGAGCACCUACUGCCAGGACCGCUGCUGGCUGCCCAUCCUCGUGCUGGCACUGCACCACCAACCAACCAGCUUCCCUGGCCUGUGCUGUGCUCACCAGUGGCUGGGGUGCUCCUCCUGGCCCUUGGGGCUCUUCUCGUCCUUCAGCUCAUCCGGCGGCGGCGCCGUGAGCAUGGGGCCCUCUGGCUGCCCCCUGGGUUCAUUCGAAGGCCUCGAACUCAGCCCACUCCCCGCAGACGCCGGCCUCCCCUGGGUGAAGAUAGCAUUGGCCUCAAGGCACUGAAGCCUGAGGCAGAAGUUGAUGAGGAUGGAGUUGUGAUGUGCUCAGGCACCAAAGAAGGCGAAGAGGCUGAGGAAGUGGCCUCACCCUCCAAGUGCCAGCUCUGUCCUCUGAGGGGUGACUGUCAGGAGCUUCCCCAGGCAGCCAUGCUGACUCCUCCCCAGGAAUCUGAGAUGGAUGUCCCUGACGUGGAUACCCGCGGACCUGAUGGGGUGACAGCCCUGAUGUCAGCAGUUUGCUGUGGGGGAGUGGAGUCCAGGACCUUCCAGGGGUCAUGGUUGGGAAGCCCUGAACCCUGGGAACCUCUGUUGGGUGGAGGGGCCUGUCCCCAGGCUCACACUGUGGGUACUGGGGAGACACCCCUGCACCUGGCUGCCCGAUUCUCCCGGCCAACUGCUGCCCGCCGUCUCCUUGAGGCUGGAGCCAACCCCAACCAGCCAGACCGAGCAGGGCGCACCCCACUUCACACCGCUGUGGCUGCUGACGCUCGGGAGGUUUGCCAGCUCCUGCUCCGCAGCAGACAGACUGCAGUGGAUGCACGGACAGAGGACGGGACCACAGCCCUGAUGCUGGCCGCUAGGCUGGCGGUGGAGGACCUGGUUGAAGAACUGAUUGCAGCCCAAGCAGAUGUGGGGGCCAGAGAUAAAUGGGGAAAAACCGCGCUGCACUGGGCCGCCGCCGUGAACAACGCCCGGGCCGCCCGCUCCCUUCUCCAGGCCGGAGCCGAUAAAGAUGCCCAGGACGGCAGGGAGCAGACGCCGCUGUUCCUGGCGGCCCGAGAAGGGGCGGUGGAAGUAGCUCAACUGCUGCUGGGAUUAGGAGCGGCCCGAGGACUGCGGGACCACGCCGGGCUAGCGCCCGGAGACAUCGCUCGCCAGCGUAACCACUGGGAUCUGCUGACGCUACUGGAGGGGGCGGGGUCACUGGAAGCGCGUCACAAAGCCACGCCCGGCCGCGGGGCGGGAGCCUUCCCGCGCUCGCGUACCGCGUCGGGAAGCUUGCCCCCGCGUCGGGGCGGGGCUCUGUCGCGCAACCGGACGCUGUCAGCUGGGGCUGGUCCGCGUGGGGGCGGAGCAUGUCUGCAAACCCAGACUUUGUCAUUAGAAUGGGCUGCGCGUGGGGGUGGAGCCUAUUCGCAUUGCCGGAGCCCAUCGAAAGGAGCAGGAGGCGGCCUGUCCCCCGGAGGCCGUAGGUUUUCUCCAGGCAUGCGCGGGCCUCGGCCCAACCCUGCUGUAGUGCCAGGAAGAUCCGGGGCCGCUUCCGGGGGCGGGGGUGGGGCCUCAGCCGACGAUUGGCCCUGCGAUUGGGUGACCCUGAGAGCCUGCGGCUCCAACACUCCAAUCCCGCCUCCUUGCCUUACGCCGUCCCCGGAGCGGGGAUCCCCUCAAGUCGCCUGGGAUUCUCCAACCCACCAAGUAACACCUUUAAACGCGGGAGGCGAGGGUCAAAAAUAGGACGCUACAUGACAGGGAUUCUAAAAAUGAGCACCCAUUAUAGGACAGCCUGGAAACACUCCAGAUUUUAAGAUCCUGGAUCCCCAAAAGUGAGGAGUCAAGAGUAUUGUGUCCCUCCCAAAGUGACUAUGCCCACUCCUCCUCGUCUUACACGUGGAGAAGCUGCAGCCCUGAAUGAAGAGGGCCCAGCCCUUCUCCCAGAAAAUAAGGGUGAGGAGCUACAGAAGGGUGGAGUGGAACCAAUUACUACAAACGUAAAGGAUGUAAGUUCUUUCCUGUAUACGGUAUCCAAAGGAAACCUCUGUCAUCCACAAAUAGCUGACAAAUAUUUACAGAGUACCUACUAUGUGCCAGGCACUGUGUAGGUGCUGAAGUGUGUGAGCCAAGGGCCACUCCAGCUGAUGACUCCUUGCACUUUACCCACUUCCCUCCUCAACAAACCAUCCCAGGGAUGAAGCGUCAUUCUUCUCGCCACCACUAUCUAUUUAAGAACCUCAAAUCUGUCAUCCCAUAAUAAAGCUUAUUUGAAGUGUUAA